CCGAAGGGAGCCGGGCGCUGUAGCCGCGCCGACGGCGGCCAGGACAGCGGCGGUUGCUGCGCCCGGUACUGGAGUCCCGGCCUGAGGCGCAGGCGCGGUGGACUCAGCCCGCCCCGGGCUGCAGCUCGCUGUGGACUCGUCAUGGCGACGGAGCAGAGGUCUUUCCACCUGGUGGUGUUCGGCGCCUCUGGCUUCACCGGCCAGUUCGUGACGGAGGAGGUGGCCCGGGAGCAGAUAGCCUCGGAGCAAAGCUCCCGCCUGCCCUGGGCCGUGGCGGGCCGCUCCAAGGAGAAGCUGCAGCAAGUGCUGGAGAAGGCUGCCCAGAAACUGGGAAGAGCAUCACUAUCAUCUGAAGUUGGAAUCAUAAUCUGUGAUAUCAGUAAUCCAGCCUCACUUGAUGAAAUGGCUAAACAGGCAACACUUGUCCUCAACUGCGUAGGACCGUAUCGAUUUUAUGGAGAACCUGUAGUAAAAGCAUGUAUUGAAAAUGGAACAAGUUGUAUUGACAUCUGUGGGGAACCUCAGUUUCUGGAACUAAUGCAUGCGAAGUAUCAUGAGAAAGCUGCAGAGAAGGGGGUUUAUAUCAUUGGAAGCAGUGGCUUUGACUCCAUCCCAGCAGAUCUAGGAGUGCUGUACACCAGGAAUCAGAUGAACGGUACCUUGACUGCUGUAGAAAGCUUCCUGACAAUAAAUACAGGACCUGAGGGGUUGUGUAUUCAUGAUGGAACCUGGAAGUCGGCAAUUUAUGGUUUUGGCGAUAAGGGUAGUUUAAGAAAACUACGGAGUGUAUCAUGUCUGAAACCUGUCCCAAUUGUUGGUACAAAGUUGAAAAGAAGGUGGCCAGUCAGCUAUUGUAGAGAGCUGAACUCAUAUUCCAUUCCUUUUUUGGGAUCUGAUAUAUCUGUUGUGAAAAGGACUCAGCGUUACUUACAUGAAAAUUUAGAGGACUCACCAGUUCAGUAUGCUGCUUACGUCACGGUGGGAGGCAUCACCUCUGUGUUUAAGCUGAUGUUUGCAGGACUAUUCUUUUUAUUCUUUGUGAAGUUUAGCAUUGGAAGACAACUUCUCAUAAAAUUCCCAUGGCUCUUUUCCUUUGGCUAUUUUUCAAAACAAGGUCCAACACAAAAACAGAUGGAUGAGACAUCAUUUACAAUGACUUUCUUUGGUCAAGGAUACAGCCAUGGCACUUGUGUUGAAAAGAACAAACCAAAUAUCAGAAUCUGCACUCAAGUGAAGGGACCAGAGGCUGGCUACGUGGCUACUCCCAUAGCCAUGGUUCAGGCUGCCAUGACUUUUCUGAAUGACGCCUCUGACCUUCCAAAAGGGGGCGGCGUCUUUACACCUGGAGCAGCUUUCUCCAGAACAAAGUUGAUUGACAGACUCAACAAACAUGGCAUUGAAUUUAGUGUCAUUAGCAGCUCCGAAGUCUAAACAUUUGAAGACUAACUGAAUCAUAAAAUGCACAAACCGCGUCUGUAUUUGAUAUGUGAAAUUCUUCUAUAAGCCUAUCUGACUGUAUGUGGACUGUCAAGUAUAAAAUAUCUGUACAUUAAAAGCAGGAAAUUAUACUAUCUUAUCCUAAACUUCAUAUCUCAGCUGUUUUUAUGAUUUUAUUGCUUGUGAGAGAAAACUAACAUUCUCCUUACGUUUUUAUUGACAAGUGAACUGGAAGGUCAGAUGGUGAAGAGGGCCCCUGUUGGUGUUGCUGACAGCAUUCCUUAGUGACGGAGCGUGGCUGCUGUUAGGCUGUGGCAGUAGAGUCUGCCUUCCCUGCCCUGGUGUUGUGGAAUCUCACCCUUCUCUAAGUUCCUCUGUGUAGCAUGUGAGCGUUUGCUAAGUGAAACUGUACUUCUACUUCAGUCUGCUUUCUCACCCAUCUACUCCAUGGACUGAUCUUGGAUUGUUUAACUCAGUUGAAUAAUAAAGGGUUAUUAAUUGAG